AUGUCCGCCGUCAAGAGAAUCACCAAGGAGCUUGCCGAAUUCUCCAACAAUCCGGUACCAGGUGUCUCCGCUGGUCUCGCGUCUGAAGGUGAUGUUUUCAAAUGGAAUGUCAUUCUCACUGGACCUCAAGGGUCGCCAUACUCUGGCGGUGUUUUCACCCUAAACCUUACACUCCCAACUGAAUAUCCAUUCAAACCACCAACCCUUAACUUCACCACCAAGAUCUACCACCCAAAUGUAUCGAACGACGACAAGGGAUCCAUGUGCCUUGGCAUCCUCCGCUCAGAGAGCUGGAAGCCAUCCUGCAAGAUCUCCCAGGUUCUUGAAAUGGCGGCUGGCCUGCUAAAGGAACCCAAUGUCGACGAUGCCGUUGAGACAAGCAUUGCCGAUGAAUUCAAGAACAGCCCAGAUUCCUUUGAAAAGACAGCAAGGGAGUGGACCAGGAAGUACGCCAAAUAA